GUCAUUCUAAACUUCAAGACGCCGUUCCUUUCUUCCAUGGAUAUCCAAAUCAAAAUUGUAAAUUCGUUCCCAAAUUGGAAACUGGGGUUCCUUUCAAUUCAACGAUUCCAAUUCACACAGCAAACAACUCCGAUUCUCUUUACAACCUAAUUAGAAACAACGGUGCCAGGUUCGAUUGAAUCUUUCUUCACGCUUUUUGCUCAUUUUAUCAAUCCGCAAACUUGACAUUCUGAUCCAACGCAAGCUCGACGCUUUUUUGGCUGAAACUCAGGUUUUCAGAUACCCUUUUUGUUCCUGAUUAAUGGGUUUGGUCUGUGGAUUGUAUAGGUGAUUAAGUUAGAAGCAGAUAGAGGAUGGGGGCAAUGAUAUCUAGGUUCUGGUUUUUGUUAUUCCCUGCAAAGGAGUAUAAAAUUGUUGUAGUUGGGUUGGAUAAUGCGGGAAAGACCACAACCCUUUAUAAAUUGCACUUGGGUGAGGUUGUCACAACCAACCCUACUGUAGGAAGCAACGUGGAAGAGCUCGUCUACAAAAAUAUACGAUUUGAGGUCUGGGAUCUUGGCGGACAAGAAAGACUGAGGACAUCAUGGGCAACAUAUUACCGAGGAACGCAUGCUGUUAUUGCGGUGAUUGACAGCAGUGAUAGAGCCAGGAUCUCUAUCAUAAAGGAUGAACUUUUUAGGUUGCUGGGGCAUGAAGAUUUACAACAUUCUGUCAUUCUUGUCUUCGCUAAUAAACAAGAUAUCAAGGAUGCUAUGACUCCUGCUGAGAUCACUGAUGCACUAUCCCUUCACAGCAUCAAGGAUCAUGAUUGGCAUAUACAAGCUUGCUGUGCCCUAUCAGGAGAAGGGUUGUAUGAUGGUCUUGGAUGGAUUGCCCAGCGAGUAACUGGCAAAGCCCCAACAUGAUGUUGUGUUGCUGAAAACCUGGGAUGAGAUUCAUUUUUCAUGUAUUGAAUUUAUGUCAUAAGUGACACAUUCUAUGUAUCAUUUAUACUUAAAAGAGCCAAGCUAGAUUGUAGAUUCUUGCAGUUUCACUUUGUGUAAUCGAGCAGAUCAUUUACCAAAGAUCUAUAGACAUGCCUUAUUCCACACGCUUUGCAAUGAAAAAAAAUUAUAUAUA